AUGUCGUUAGUCUUCUCACUCCAUUCUCUUACACACUCUGCCACUAGUUUUCUGGUUCUUUUCCUGAGAGUGAAUCCGAUUUUCUUGCAUGGCUUAUCCGGUUUCCUCCAUCUACUGUUGUUAUUGGCGCUUUUAGUGUCAUGGGUGUGGAAGAAGCUCAAAUUUGAAGUCAGAGACAGUUCCAAAGAGAAAAUCAAGAACACCCUGUUUGCAAAGACUCUGUUUUGUUCUCUGGGUGUUUCAGCAUUCAAUCUUCUACUCUUUUUGUUUGAUUUCUUCUGUUGGUAUAGAAAUAUUUGGUCAGAAGAAAAGCUUGUGACCCUUUUGGAUUUGGCGCUCAAAGCGGUUGCUUGGGGUGUUGUUUGUGUUUGCUUGCACUUGGAACUCUUCUGUUCAAAGGAAAGAAGGUUUCCAUUCUUCUUCAGAGCUUGGUGCGCCUUCUACCUCUUUGCUUCCAGUUAUUGCUUUAUAGUGGACUUUGUUCUCUAUAAAAAGCACGCAACUCUGCCAAUUCAGUACUUAGUUUCUGAUGUUUUCUCUGCUUGUGUGGGUUUAUUCUUCUGUUACUUGAGUUUUUUUGUGAAAAAUGAGGGUGGUGGAGUAGGAGAUAGAACUCUUCAAGAACCUCUUUUGAAUGGUAAUUCAAAAGUUAGUAAUAUGUCAGAGGAAAAAAAGACCAAGGGUUUUGACACUGUUACCCCUUACUCUAAUGCUGGAAUUUUCAGCAUUCUUACUUUCUCUUGGAUUGGUCCUCUGAUUGCUGUUGGCAAGAAGAAGACUUUAGACCUCGAUGAUGUUCCCCAACUUGAUAGAAGGGAUAGUUUAGAUGGUGCUUUUCCAACAUUCAGGGAUAAACUUGAGGCAUAUUGUGGAGCAAUUAACACAGUGACCACACUUAAGCUAGUGAAAUCAUUAGUAUUCUCAGCAUGGAAAGAGAUUCUUUUGACAGCUAUCCUUGCAUUGGUAAACAUAUUUGCUUCUUAUGUUGGUCCGUAUCUUAUUUAUGGUUUUGUUCAAUACCUUAAUGGGGAAAGGAAAUUUGAAAAUGAGGGCCUUGUUUUGGUGUCUUCAUUUUUUGUGGCAAAGCUUGUGGAGUGCCUGACGCGAAGGCACUGGUACUUUAGGUUGCAGCAAGUUGGAAUUCGAAUGCAAGCAUUGCUUGUAACAAUCAUCUAUAAUAAGGCCUUGACCCUUUCAUGUCAAUCCAAGCAGGGCCACACUACUGGGGAGAUAAUCAAUUUUAUGACUGUUGAUGCUGAAAGAGUUUGUGACUUCAGUUGGCACAUGCAUGAUCUUUGGAUGGUAGUUCUGCAGGUUUUAGUAGCCUUGUUGAUUUUGUAUAAAAAUCUUGGGCUGGCUUCAACUUCUGCGUUUGUUGCAACUGUAAUUAUAAUGUUGGCGAAUGUUCCCUUGGGGUCAAUCCAAGAGAAGUUUCAAAACAAGUUGAUGGAGUCCAAAGAUACGAGAAUGAAGGCGACAUCUGAGAUUUUAAGGAACAUGAGGAUUCUUAAACUGCAAGGAUGGGAAAUGAAGUUUCUGUCUAAGAUAACUGAACACAGGAAGACUGAGCAAGGGUGGUUAAGAAAAUAUGUACACACAUUAGCCAUAAUCAUAUUUGUAUUUUGGAGUGCCCCAGCAUUUGUGUCUGUGGUUGCUUUUGGUACAUGUAUGCUUAUAGGGAUCCCUCUUGAAUCAGGGAAGAUCUUAUCUGCACUUGCUACGUUCCAGAUUCUUCAAGAACCCAUUUAUAAUCUUCCAGAAACAAUUUCGAUGAUGGCACAAACAAAGGUUUCUCUUGAUAGGAUUGCAUCUUUCCUUCAUCUUGAUGACAUGCAGUCCGAUGUUGUUGAGAAGCUUCCACAGGGUAGUUCUGAUAUAGCAAUUGAAGUAGUUGAUGGAAAUUUUUCUUGGGAUUUAGAUUCUCCUAGUAUAACUUUGAAAAACAUAAAUGUCAGAGUUUUUAAUGGCAUGAGGGUUGCUGUUUGUGGUACCGUUGGAUCAGGCAAGUCUACUUUACUUUCUUGUAUAUUGGGAGAAGUACCAAAGAUAUCUGGGAUCCUGAAGGUGUGUGGAACAAAGGCCUAUGUAGCUCAGUCACCAUGGAUACAAAGCAGCAAGAUAGAGGAUAAUAUAUUGUUUGGCAAGGAUAUGGAAAGGGAAAGGUAUGAGAAGGUCCUUGAAGCAUGUUCCCUAAAGAAGGAUCUAGCUAUUUUGACAUUUGGAGACCAGACAAUUAUAGGAGAGAGGGGAAUAACUUUGAGUGGUGGACAGAAACAAAGAAUACAAAUUGCUCGUGCUCUAUACCAAGAUGCUGAUAUAUAUCUAUUUGAUGAUCCGUUUAGCGCUGUGGAUGCUCAUACUGGAUCUCAUCUCUUUAAGGAAUGCUUGUUGGGCCUUUUAAGUUCAAAGACUGUAGUUUAUGUAACUCAUCAAGUAGAGUUCUUAUCCGCUGCUGACCUUAUCUUGGUCAUGAAAGAUGGGAACAUUACUCAAUGUGGGAAGUAUAAUGAUCUGCUUAAUUCAGGAACUGAUUUUAUGGAUCUUGUUGGUGCUCAUAGAGAAGCUUUGUCUGCCCUUGAUUCAUUAGAUGGAGGGCCAGUAUCUGAUAAACUAAGUACAUCACAACAGAAUGUACAUGCCUUUAUUUCUCAUGGUGUUAAAGAACAAGAAGUAAAGGAAGAUGUGCAAAAUGGUGGAGCAGAUAACAAAUGUGAGCCAAAAGGCCAGCUUGUCCAAGAAGAAGAAAGAGAGAAAGGCAAAGUUGGGUUUUCAGUCUAUUGGAAAUAUAUCACUACAGCAUAUGGAGGAGCUCUUGUACCAUUCAUAUUGCUGGCUGAAAUUCUGUUUCAGAUUCUUCAAAUUGGAAGCAACUAUUGGAUGGCUUGGGCAACUCCCAUCUCAACAGAUGUUGAGCCACCUGUAGGAGGAAGUAUGCUUAUAGUUGUCUAUAUAGCUUUGUCCAUAGGAAGUUCUCUGUGUGUACUUGUCAGAGCAACACUUGUUGUCACUGCUGGUUAUAAGACAGCUACUCUACUUUUCAAUAAAAUGCAUUUAUGCAUUUUCCGUGCUCCAAUGUCAUUUUUUGAUGCAACUCCAAGUGGGAGAAUCCUUAAUAGGGCUUCAACUGACCAAAGUGCAGUGGAUAUAGACAUUCCUUUUCAAGCUGGAUCAUUUUCUUCCUCCAUGAUCCAUCUCCUUGGAAUUAUAGUGGUCAUGUCUCAAGUUGCAUGGCAGGUUUUCAUUGUCUUUAUUCCUGUGACAGCAAUCUGCAUCUGGUAUCAGCAAUAUUAUAUACCAUCAGCCCGGGAAUUAUCGCGUUUAGUUGGGGUAUGCAAGGCUCCCGUCAUUCAACACUUUGCUGAAGCAAUUUCUGGCACAUCAACCAUCAGGAGCUUUGAUCAGGUUUCCAGAUUUCAGCAAACAAAUAUGAAACUGAUGGAUGGAUAUUCUCGCCUCAAGUUUAAUAUUGCUGGAGCUAUGGAAUGGUUGUGCUUCCGCUUAGAUAUGUUGUCUUCUGUCACAUUUGCCUUUUGCUUGAUAUUCUUGAUAUCUAUUCCACAUGGAGUCAUAGAUUCAGGUGUUGCUGGUUUAGCUGUAACAUAUGGCCUUAACCUGAACAUCGUUCAAGGAUGGAUGAUAUGGGAACUUUGCAACAUGGAGACCAAAAUUAUAUCAGUAGAAAGAAUACUUCAGUAUACUUCAAUUCCUAGCGAACCUCCUCUUAUUGUAGAGGAAAACCAGCCACAUACUUCAUGGCCAUCAUGUGGAAAGGUUGAUAUUCACAAUUUGCAGGUGCGUUACGCUCCACAUUUGCCACUUGUUUUGCGUGGCCUUACAUGCACGUUUCUUGGAGGACUGAAAACUGGAAUUGUUGGGAGAACAGGAAGUGGUAAAUCAACUCUCAUACAAACACUUUUCCGAAUCAUUGAGCCUACUGUUGGGAGAAUUUUGAUUGAUGGCAUCGACAUCUGUUCCAUUGGACUUCAUGAUUUGAGGUCUAGACUGAGCAUUAUCCCUCAGGAUCCAACCAUGUUCGAAGGUACUGUGAGAAGUAAUCUAGACCCCCUUGAAGAGUACACGGAUGAACAAAUUUGGGAGGCCUUGGAUAAGUGUCAACUUGGAGAUGAAGUUAGAAGGAAAGAAGAAAAGCUAGAUUCUGCAGUUAGUGAGAAUGGUGAGAAUUGGAGUAUGGGUCAGAGGCAGUUGGUUUGUCUUGGUAGGGUGCUGCUUAAGAAGAGUAAGAUCUUGAUGCUAGAUGAAGCAACUGCAUCAGUUGAUACAGCUACAGAUAAUUUGAUUCAGCAAACUCUUAGGAAACAUUUCUCUGAUUGCACAGUCAUUACCAUUGCACAUAGAAUAACUUCUGUUAUUGAUAGUGAUAUGGUUCUACUACUUAAUCAAGGACUUAUUGAGGAGUAUGAUUCCCCAGCUAGAUUGCUAGAGGACAAGUUUUCAUCUUUUGCUCAACUUGUUGCAGAGUAUACCUCGAGGUCCAAUUCCAAUUUUGACCUACUAAAAUAA